UCCCCACCCCUUUCCCCUGGCUGCCUGGGGAGGAGGCGCUGCCUUUGUUCCGCCAAGGGUUAACCCGGAUUGUGUCUGUCACCCAGUUGCCCGGAUGCUGAUGUAAGGGGAGAGCUCGAGAGAUCCCUUCAGAUUGCAGUGAGAGGGGAGGCGAAGGACCAGAGCAGAAGAGCAUCUUUGCCAAAGCAGCAUCCUUCAUCCUCAGCAGCAUCAGCACCACUGACAGCGGCGGCGGCAGCAACAGCAGCAUCCUUGGCUGGACCAGCUGGAUGAUGCUGGUACCUGGAUUGUAGCAUCCUUCUCCUCCUUCUCCUCCUUUCUCCUCCUCCUCUCUCCCCCUCCCUUCCUGAUGCCCCCUCCCGUUAAAUCUGCCAGGAUGCCGGCCCCGGCAUUGUCCCUAUAGGGGGGAUAUCAGAGGGGCCUUUCCUCGCCUCUCCCCACCCUCCUCCCCUCCCCAAUCCCCAACCCCUCUUGUUUCUUCUUGUCGCUCAGAAGGGUGACAGACAAAAGCCAUGUCCGGUGGCAAAGAAGCAGGUGGGGUCCACCCCUACCAGUCUCCACAGAGCCAGCAGCACGCUCAGUAUGUGGGGCCCUACAGGCUGGAGAAGACCCUGGGCAAAGGGCAGACCGGUCUGGUGAAGCUGGGCGUGCACUGCAUCACAGGGCAGAAAGUCGCAAUUAAGAUUGUGAACCGGGAAAAGCUUUCUGAGUCAGUACUGAUGAAGGUGGAACGGGAAAUUGCCAUUCUGAAGUUGAUUGAACAUCCACAUGUGCUGAAACUCCACGACGUCUACGAGAACAAAAAAUAUUUAUACUUGGUUUUGGAACAUGUCUCAGGAGGGGAGCUCUUUGACUACCUAGUGAAGAAGGGACGGCUCACGCCCAAAGAAGCCAGGAAGUUUUUCCGGCAAAUUGUUUCAGCACUGGACUUCUGUCACAGCUAUUCUAUAUGCCACCGAGACUUGAAACCAGAAAAUUUAUUGCUGGAUGAGAAGAACAACAUCCGGAUUGCAGAUUUCGGCAUGGCCUCCCUGCAGGUCGGAGAUAGCCUGCUGGAAACAAGUUGUGGUUCUCCUCACUAUGCAUGUCCUGAGGUGAUCAAGGGAGAAAAGUAUGAUGGACGUCGAGCUGACAUGUGGAGUUGUGGAGUCAUCCUCUUUGCCCUACUGGUGGGGGCCCUACCCUUUGACGACGACAACCUACGGCAGCUAUUGGAAAAAGUCAAACGUGGGAUCUUCCACAUGCCUCACUUCAUCCCGCCUGAUUGUCAGAACCUCCUGCGGGGCAUGAUCGAGGUGGAGCCUGAGAAGCGGCUCAGUCUGGAACAGAUUCAGAAACAUCCGUGGUUCUUGGGAGGUAAGAAUGAACCUGAGCCAGAGCAGCCCAUUCCUCGGAAAGUGGCAAUCCGGCGGAUCCAGUCGGUCAGCGAACUCGAUCCUGAUGUGCUUGAGAGCAUGCAUUCGCUGGGCUGCUUCCGUGACAAGAACAAGCUGAAGCAGGAGCUGCAGAACGAUGGGGAAAACCAGGAGAAAAUGAUCUACUACCUUCUGUUGGAUCGCAAGGAGCGGUAUCCUAGCUGUGAGGAUGAGGACUUGCCUCCGCGCAACGAUGUUGACCCACCACGGAAGCGAGUUGACUCACCAAUGCUGAACCGACAUGGGAAGCGCCGACCUGAGCGGAAGUCCAUGGAAGUUUUGAGUGUCACGGAUGGUGGCUCCCCAGUCCCGGCCCGAAGGGCAAUAGAGAUGGCACAACAUAGCCAGAGGUCUCGGUCUGUGAGCGGUGCCUCUACUGGCUUAUCGUCUAGUCCCCUCAGUAGCCCCAGGGUCACCCCCCACCCCUCCCCUCGGGGAAGCCCCCUCCCCACUCCACUCGGCACCCCUGUGCACACGCCCAAAGAGAGCCCCAGCGGCACUCCCGGCGGGACGCCCCCAAGCAGUCCUGGCGUGGCCGGCGUGGCCUGGAAGACUCGCCUCAACUCCAUCAAGAACAGCUUCCUUGGCUCCCCACGUUUUCACCGCCGGAAACUGCAAGUUCCCACACCAGAGGAAAUGUCCAGUCUUACUCCAGAAUCAUCCCCUGAGUUAGCCAAGAAAUCCUGGUUUGGGAAUUUUAUCAACCUUGACAAAGAGGAACAAAUUUUUGUGGUCAUCAAAGACAAGCCCCUGAGCUCCAUCAAGGCUGAUAUUGUACAUGCCUUCCUCUCAGUCCCAGCCGCCGGUUUAAGCGGGUUGUGGAAACGAUUCAGGCGCAACUGCUCAGCACACAUGACCAGCCAUCUGUACAAGCCCUCGCAGGUAAGGAUGAUGAGAAGAAUGGGCAGCAGCCCCGUUUGCCAGGCACCCCAACCCGCAGCUGCCAGCCGUCUCGGCGCUCCGAAUCCGAUGUCUCGUCCGAACACCAUCGACGUGGCUCCAAGGACAAGAAGCUUGUCUCGUCCAAUGGGACUCAAGUCCAGCAAUCCUCACCCCCGUCCCCACAGCAGCCAUGACGUAUGGGGCAGCGGGGCAGUGGAGGAGCAGCCAGGGGGGGAAGCCGCCGAAGGAAGCCAACCCCACCCCCCUGGAAGUAGCUGCACAGCUGCCCCAGAUGGACCGAAGCAGCCAAUGAACCAUGUGGAUGGGUAAAGGCCCUGCUGGAGACGCAGCGGGACGGGGCGGAGGGCGGGGAUUGGUUUGGAUCUGAACAGCCCCAUCUCACCCCAGGGCCGGAGAGUUGCCAUCUUGGGAGCAGCCCGUACUGUGAACUUGUAAAUAGUUAACAACAACAACUACAACAACAA